AUGGCGAGACCCACGCUGUCGCUCUCCAUCACCUUGAACCCUCACUCCCGAAUCUCAUACGUCGCCCUCGCCACCGUCACCUCGCGCCGAACCUUACACUCGACCACAAGACGACUCGACCGCUUCGAACGAUCGGAUUUCUCGGGACAAGGCUUUACAGGAGAAUAUGAGCCAGGCCAGCCAACGGGCGGACCGCUGGGAGAUGCCAGCAUAGCGGGGGUGCCGAGGGUGACGCCCAAGGCCCUGAAAGACCAUUUGGACCAGUUCGUAGUUGGGCAGGAGAGGGCUAAGAAAGUCCUGAGUGUUGCCGUAUACAAUCACUACCAGCGGGUUCAGGAGGUGCAGCGGCGCGAAGAGGAACAAGCUAGGUUGGAAGCCGAGCACGCGAGGAGGAACCGGCACCCAGUCGAGGAUGAAUAUCCAGGACAGCAACAAGUAGCGCCGUUGAAACCUAUAUUCGCUUCUCAUCCGGAUCCACCAAAGCCGGAACCCGUCGAGCCUGUCGAGCCUCCUCCAAAGCAGGAACCCGUUCCCGAGCCUCCUAUAAUUGAUACUAGUCCACUCACAAUCGAGAAAUCGAAUGUCUUAUUACUUGGUCCCUCGGGUGUGGGCAAGACGCUCAUGAUCAAGACCCUAGCUCGCGUGCUCGACGUCCCAGUUAGCAUCUCCGACUGCACGCCUUUCACAUCCGCUGGGUACAUUGGCGAGGACGUCGAAGUAUGCGUACAACGGCUCAUUUCCGCCGCAAACUUCGACAUAGCCGCCGCGGAGCGUGGCAUCAUCGUUCUCGACGAGGUCGACAAGAUCGCCGCAGCAAAAGUACACCAUGGCAAGGAUGUUGGUGGUGAAGGCGUCCAACAAGCUCUGUUGAAGAUAAUCGAGGGAACAACGCUUCAAAUAAAAGUGAAUCAGGAGCGGAGUUCGAGCCAUAGCAGCAGAGCUGGACAGAAUGGAAGAGAUGCUGCGCCUCCAGCGGCCAAAGGCGAGAUUAUCAACAUCAAGACCGACAACAUCCUCUUCAUUUGCGCUGGGGCCUUUGGAGGUCUGCACAAAAUGGUGCUGGACCGAGUCGCCAAGGGUGGGCUUGGAUUCGGCGCCGAAGUGCGGCGCGCGCCUACGAAAGAGGAUGCCCACAAUACCAUGUUGACUGGCGAAGAUGAGAUGUUCAAGAAACAUCUCCCGUUCUUUGUUCGAGAGAAUACGACACCACAAGGAGCUAGGAAAUCGGACAGCUCGAAGAGAAUCUACAACACCCUUGAUCUUGUAGUACCUUCUGAUCUACAGAAAUUCGGCAUGAUCCCCGAACUUAUUGGUCGACUCCCUGUCUCAUGUGCUCUGUCUGCGCUAGAUGAGGAAUCGCUAGUGAGAGUACUCACCGAGCCGCGGAAUAGCCUGCUAGGCCAGUUCGAGCAGCUGUUCAAGCUGAGUGGCAUAGAGCUGGGCUUUACUUCUGGCGCUUUGAGGGAGGUUGCGAAAUCAGCUACCAGUAUGGGAACUGGAGCUAGAGCUCUGAGAACCGUUCUAGAGCGAUUGCUACAUGAUUGCAUGUAUGAGACGCCAGGUUCUUCAACAAAGCACAUCCUCAUAACCCAACCCGUCGCCCAACUCAAACAACCACCACUCUACUUCCGCCGCGAAGAGAAGCGAAAGUACCACCGCCUCUUCGAGGAAGAAGAGCAGGCGUGGCAGGAUGAGCUAGACCGGAAGAACGGCGUCGCCACCAGUCAGUUCCCAAGCUUCGAGGACUACAGGACGAAGAGCCUGGCUGCUGGUAUCUCAUGA